UUUAUUUUGUUACAGCGGCGAAUAUCACAACCUAUAUUAUCAAAGUUAUCAUAUUUAGGGGUCCAAACACCGAAGUUAACUCAGACCUAAUGUGUUCAUUUGGUGGAAAUUUCAGGAAUAGAAAGGUCUCUGGCUCAUAUAUAUAUAUCUCAACAUUUUAAAUAAUGUUCACGAAAUAAAUCCAUACUGAGGGGGUCUGUGGACUUGAGAGCCACUGGAAUACAGGAGCUGAAAUCUGGCCUCACACUCCAGCCCAGGUGUUGGCGGUAAUGAGACCAGAUGUUGAUUCUCCAACCGCUAGAGAGUCACAAGAGCAGAAGAAGAAGGACUGCGGCUCUGUAUGAUUUAAUCUUCUACACAUGAGAAUAUUUCUGACAGGAUUUCACAGAACCUGAAUGAAUGAAAUAGAAAAGCUUGUUAUUGUGCGCAUUUGAGGUGUUGACUCGGUUUUGUUUUCAAGCCCGAGGUGAGUUGUCCUAGCUGACCUGCUCAGCCUCCAUUUCUGGAAUCACUUCCCUUUAGACGUCUUAUAAUGGAAUCGGCAGAGAUUUCUUCACAAAAGCCUCCAUGUUCUCCGUGUCCUGCUCAUUCACAGAACCUUCUUGCCGAGCUCGUAGCUUUUGAAUCACAAAGAGACCUGGUGGUUAUCUGGGAGUCAUAGAACCACCAAGAUAAUGUGUAACAACAAUGUCAUGAGGAACCAAACUCACCAUAAGACUGCUGUGAAAGAUGCUCAGAGUUGACUGCUAAACUCAGCCCACUGGGAGGGUUGAACUUACUGAGAUAGCAAACAGCACAGACGUCCUGGAGUGGAACAUCUCUUAAUAAGGGCCAAAAAAGAGGAGAUGGUCUUUGUAGAGUGGCACACCACAGUAGGGGUUGGAAGUCCAGCUUGUCUAUAGGCCAAGGUGAUGACAUCCACCAAUGGAGCUGUUGCUGCUUAGACAAGGGGGCUCCUUGAGUCUUACCUACAUAACAACUAAAAGGUUGGUCUGAGGGUCAGAAUGUCUGUUUUCUGGUCCAAAUAACACCAUAGUGCACAUAUCAGACACAGGAGUGAAUGCUCUGCCAUGUCACCCUCAUUGAAGGCUGCAAGGUCAUUAGACUGAUUCCCAAAUUGUGACCAGAAAAUAUGUGCCAGAAGUCUUGGGUUCAUCAACAAGGUCACCCCGGAGUCAUCUUAUCACCAACACAAGCAAGGACUUCUAGGUCCAGAGAAGCUGUAGUACACAAGGCUGAUACAGCAGGGCACACAUCAGGAAGAGUGGAUUGUGCCAGCCAUACCCAGAGACACUUGUAUAAAUCAAGUUAGCAGAAUCACCCCAUAACCUUGCCCACUGCCUGGAGUGAGGUGUCGGUCAACUCAAAUAGUUGUGAUUUUCUGUAGCAAUUGUGACAGGCCUAGUCAUAAGCUUUGUGAUGUCACAUCGGAGACCUGCAUGACAUCAGACUCUGGGGACUAUCAGAACCCUGUAAAAAAGGAAGAACCUGAAGAUGAAGGCUAUCUCUGUGGUGGGACUUCAAGCCCUGUGGGAUUAGUCAUCACUGUUGACCAACGGACUGGAGAAUUCCAGAGGAAACUUGUAAAAGAGGAAGAACCUGAAAAUGAUGAGUUUCUCUACUGUGAGGACUGCAGAUCCUACUUCACCAACAAGUGUGAAGUUCAUGGUCCUGCUCUUUUCAUCUUUGAUACCCCUGUUCCCAUGGGGAUUGCUGACCGAGCCAUACAAACCCUUCCACCAGGUCUAGAGGUUGGAAAGUCUGACAUUCCUGAUGCAGGCCUUGGGGUGUUCAAUAAGGGGGAGACUAUUCCACUUGGUGCACACUUUGGGCCAUGUGAGGGAGACCUGGUGGACAGAGAGGAAGCCAUGAAUAGUGGCUAUUCUUGGGUGAUAUCCAAGAGCAGUCAAUGUGAUGAAUACAUAGAUGCCAAGAGAGAGAUGCAUUCUAACUGGAUGAGGUAUGUGAAUUGUGCUUGUAAUGUUAAAGAACAGAAUCUAGUGGCAUUCCAGUAUCGAGGGGGGAUUUUCUACCGUUGCUGUCAACCGAUCAAAACAGGACAGGAGCUCUUGAUGUGGCACGAAGAUGACUAUGGCAAAGACCUCGGCCUUGCUUUCGACAACCUCUGGAAGAAAAAGUGCUCCUCAAAUGAAAUGAACGAUACCCUGCAGCAAGUCUUCUGCUCCUGGUGUCCAAUUUCCUACAUGUCUCAAAUUUACCUUGAAAAUCACAUAAGGAGAAGCCAUUAUAAGGAAUAUGUCAAAGUGAAAAAUGUGAAUCUGAUGCCCACAAGAACCUCCAGUAGACAACAAACAUGCUCUGGUACUUUCCACACUAACGCCACUCAUGGACAAAUGGAGAAAGAAAUUAAUCGCUGCUCAAAUUGUGGGAAGAGUUUUACUCACCGGAAUAAUCUCAAAACCCACCAGUGUGUCCACAUGGGUGAGAAUCUACACCACUGCUCACAGAGUGAAAAAAGUUUUCAUGAAAGGGAUGUUCUUCAGCGACACCAGAGCAGUCACACAAGAGAGAAAGCAUAUCAUUGCUCACAGUGUGGCAAGUGUUUUACACGACAGAAUGCUCUCCAAACCCAUCUGCUUAUUCACACAGGAGAGAAGCCGUAUCACUGCUUACAUUGUGGGAAGAGUUUUAGACGACAGGGUAAUCUUCAAACACACCAGCGCAUUCACACAGGAGAGAAGCCUUAUCACUGCUCACAGUGUGGUAAGAGUUUUAAUCACCAAAGUAGUCUCAUAAAACACCAGCGUAUUCACACAGGAGAGAAGCCCUACCAUUGCCCACAGUGUGGAAAGAGUUUUAAUAAUGGGAGUAAUUACAAACAACACCAACGUAUUCACACGGUAGAGAAGCCAUAUCUCUGUUCUCAUUGUGGAAAGAGUUUUAACAACAGCACUACUCUACAAAGACACCAGAGCAUUCACACAGGAGAGAAGCCAUAUCACUGCUCACAGUGUGGGAGGAAUUUUACCUACCGGAGUCAUCUCAAAGAUCAUGAGCGCAUUCACACAGGAGAAAAGCCUUAUCACUGCUCCCACUGUGGAAAGAGUUUUAAUAAAAGAAAUACUCUAAAGAGACACCUGCGUAUUCACACAGAAGUGAAGCCUUAUCACUGCUCACAGUGUGGGAAGGGUUUUAAUCAACAGAGUGAUCUCCAAAGACACCAACGCAUUCACACAGAAGAGAAGCCGUAUCAGUGCUCACAGUGUGGGAAAAGGUUUACUCUUAGUGAUACUCUCAGACGACACCAGUACAUUCACACAGGAGAGAAGCCAUAUCAGUGCUCACAGUGUGGAAAGAGGUUUAAUCAUCACAGUGAUCAACAAAAACACCAACGCAUCCACACAGGAGAGAGGCCAUAUCACUGCUCACAUUGUGGGAAGAGCUUCGUUCAACAGAGUGAUCUCCAGAGACAUUGGCGUAUUCACACAGGAGAGAAGCCGUAUCAGUGCUCACAGUGUGGAAAGAGUUUUAGACAGCAGAAUGCUUUCCAAACACAUCAGCUCAUUCACACAGGAGAGAAGCCGUAUCACUGCUCAGAGUGUGGAAAGAGUUUUAAUCAAAAGGUUGUUCUCCAAAGACACCAGAGGAUUCACACAAGAGAGAAGCCGUAUCACUGCUUACUUUGUGGCAAGAGUUUUAGACGACAUAGUCAUCUCCGACAACAUCAGCUCAUUCACACAGGAGAGAAGCUGUAUCACUGCUCACAGUGUGGACAGAGAUUCACUUAUUCAAAUACAUUUAAGAAACACAAGUGCACCAACAUAGAGCCAACAGCUAAUGAUACAUCUUCAAAUCCAGAUACGUGAUUGCCUUUACUGCCAUUGUUUACAUUUGUGUGUCAUGAUUUGUUUAAACUAUUUGUGUGUAGAUAUACAUUGUAUGUCCAAUAAUAUCCGGACACCUGACCAUCACACCAUAUGUGGUUCUUCCCCAAACUGUCACAAAGUUGGGAGCACACAGUUGUAUAGAAUGUCUUUGUAUGUUGUAGCUUGAAGAUUUCCCUUCACUGGAGCUGUGGGGCCCAGACCUGUUCCAGCAUGACAAUGCCCCUGUGCACAGAGUGAGGUCCAUAAGGACAUGGUUUGCCAAAGUUGGUGUGGAGGAACACAGAGCCUACACAGAGCCCUGAUUUCAACCCCACUGAACACCUAUGGGAUGAACUAGAACACCUUCUUGGCUGUCAUCAGUGCCCAACCUCACUAAUGCUCUUGUGGCUGAAUGAGCACAAAUCCCCACAGUGAAGCUAGUGGAAGGCCUUCCCAGAAGAAUAAAGGAGACUGACUCCAUUAAUGCCCAUGGUUUUGGAAGAGGACAUUCAAAAGUAUAUAUGGGUGUGAUGGCCAGGUGUCCACAUACUAUUGGCCAUACACUGUAUGUAUGUGUAGUUAUAAAUAUUACAGUACUGAAAAUUACAGUGCAUUAGUUAGUAUUAUAUUUGAUUUUUAAGCCUUACUAUUGAAAUGUUUUGGUACAUAUUUAAACUCUAGUAUAUCUAUAGUAUUUAUGUCCCUUGAAUAAAUUUUACUCCCUAUUUAAACUUACAUACUCUGUCUCUUGUUUCUUCUUUAUAUUUCAAUCCUACACAUGAAUAAAUCUUCACAUUCUGUAUGAUCACAGAGGCUAUUAGAUGUAAUAAUAAACUUAGCAGCACUAACCAGCAACUUGACUGCUGUCAUAGACCAUAAGAGUAGUGGUCUAAAUAUGUAAAGAACCUUUGCACAAACAUGCAUUUUGAUGUGACUAAAGAAGUAAGAAUUAUGUAAGUUUAUUUAAGAAGUAUUUAAAACCAGUAUUUAUGUUGAACUUGGGACAAACUGCUUGACAUGUUUCGAGACAGUCUGAUCAACUCAGGGUCUAUGCUAAUAAAGGUCAUCUCUAGUGCAAGAGAGAAGCCAUAUCACUGAUUUUGAGUGUGGGAAAAGGUUUCAUCAUCGAAGUGAUCAACAAAAACACCAAUGCAUUCACAUAACAAGCCACAUAACUGCUCAAAGUGUUGGAAGAGUCUUACCAACUCAGGGACUACACUAAUAAAAGUCCAAGAGGCCACUUAGGACAGAAAGUUUUCCCUAACUUGUUUGGACCGCCCUCAAAAUUGGCCGACAUGUGAGGCGUGAUUCCUGUCACAUUCACACAGGAGAAAAGCCAUAUCAGACAUGACUGCUGUGAUGUUUGACUGAAGUUAGUCCCUUACUUUCUCCAAAAUGACCUUAAAAACACAUGAAAGUCCAUUGCUUAGGUCUUUUUGGGAAUCGACUGCUUAAACAGGGUGUUGGAUUCUUCUUUUGGCCAUUCUUUUGAGCAACACAUUUGAGGACCAUUUCUUCUUAAUGUUGGGAGAGGUCAGAUAAAGAGUGAUCCUAAUGAGCCCUGAUCCUAAGAUUAAGUGUACCCUGCCUGGAUUAGGGUUACCGGGACCCACCAGGUCAGGGAGUGGUCCAUAGGCGAGCAUCUGGUGACCAGGCCAGACACAUAACCUGAUCAGGUUUAGCCUGAAGUGGCGACAUGGAGCCAUCGUGUGGGCUCAGCACAUUAGUUUGAAAUAUUCAGCCUUCUAGGAGAAGGUCGAGAGUGUACCUAAUACUGACUCCAUAGUGCCCUUGGGGGACUUGCUAAUAUUGGGAUUGAAGGAGAUACUGUACUUGGAGGAGUGUGACUGGGAGGUCGACUGAGUUCGAGCAGAGAAAUAUUAUUAGAUUUCUAGGCAAGCCAUGGAUUGUCAAUGACAACUUACAACACCAAGUUUCUACAUGUACUUGGUACCACAGCACCUUGACCGAAACUUUGCCCCCCACUACUCAGGCACAUGAAGGGACACACAUAGGGCUGAUGGUGAUUCCUUGGGUUCUCCCACACAAAAGGGCCUCAAGAACCAUUUUUUUCUUGGCUAGCAUGGAGCACAAAUUUCUUUUGUUUUCAAAAUGUCACUGUGCACACACAUGUAUUUUGAUGUGAUUAAAAAAGUAACACUGGACACACAUGACAUGCAAGUAAAUUUAGUAGUACCUCAGACACCUUGUUUAAAUGCUUUUGAUUAAUCUCCAAUAAAGUACUUACAGUGGGAUUACUGGCUCCGUCACACUGUAACGGUAUGUCCGCAUAAGACCUCAAUCUCUCUGCAGAUUCGCAAAGAGUAUCCAUUAUGCUUUUUACAGUGUUUCAUUGUAUAGAAUUCAUAGAGUCUAUGUUGCUUUCAAAUUUUAUUUUGGUAUGGUUUGUAAAAAAUUGUUAAAAAUUUGUUAUUACUCAAUAAGUUUCUAAUACUUCUCAUUU